AUGCAUUUUGCGGAUCCGCUCCCGGGGAGCCAGGGGCGCUGCGCGGAGCUGCAGGUCCACGUCACUGAGCUCACAGCCACAGCAGCAGAGCAGAGGGAGCUGAUCGCCCGCUUGGAGCAGGACCUAAGCACCAUCCAGUCCAUCCAGCGGCCGGACGCCGAGGGCGCAGCGGAGCUCGGCCUGGAGAAGAUUCCCAAGCCCAUCAAGGAGGCCACUGCCCUGUUCUAUGGACCCUCGGCACCUGCCAGCUCUCUCCCCGAGGGCCAGGUGGACUCGCUGCUGUCCAUCAUCUCCAGCCAGAGGGAGCGCUUCCGGGCCCGGAACCAGGAGCUGGAGGCAGAGAACCGCCUGGCCCAGCACACCAUCCAAGCUCUGCAGACUGAGCUAGACAGCCUGCGCGCGGACAACAUCAAGCUCUUUGAGAAGAUCAAGUUCCUGCAGAGCUACCCUGGCCGGGGCGGCGGCAGUGACGACACGGAACUGCGCUACUCAACCCAGUACGAGGAGCGCCUGGACCCCUUCUCCUCCUUCAGCAAGCGGGAGCGGCAGCGGAAAUACCUGAGCCUGAGCCCCUGGGACAAGGCCACGCUCAGCAUGGGGCGGCUGGUUCUCUCCAACAAGAUGGCCCGCACCAUCGGCUUCUUCUACACACUGUUCCUGCACCUCCUGGUCUUCCUGGUGCUCUACAAGCUGGCGUGGAGCGAGAGCAUGGAACGGGACUGUGCCACCUUCUGCGCCAAGAAGUUCGCCGACCACCUGCACAAGUUCCACGAGGAUGACAAGGGGGUGGCCGCCAACGACCUGUGGCAGUGA